CUUCUCCCUCCAGUGCAAGGGGACAUCUCUUCCCUUCUCUCUGUCUCUGUUACUCUCGCCCUGCCAAAACAGCUCGCCGGCCAGGGCCAGCCGCCGGUAGCAGGCUGAGCCUCGUCGUCGCCGCCGGGCUAAGUCUUCUGCCUCAGCUAGCAAUCUCUAGCCAGAUGCAGGUAGCAACUGGCGCAGAAUAGAGUUCGACACUCCCCAACAUCUUAAGAAGGCCUCCAAGUGGUUCGGAGCAGCACAGAAAAGCAGCAGCAAAAGAGAUCAGAAAUGUCGCUCGAGGUCGAGAAACCUGGGGGCACAGAGUCGACCAACCGUCUCAGUCUGAAACGCCACGAUUCGCUCUUCGGCGACGCAGAGAAGGUCUCUGGCGCCAAGCACCAUGGCUCCGAGGUGAGCUGGUCCCGGACGCUGCAUCUUGCUUUCCAGAGCGUCGGCAUCAUCUACGGUGACAUCGGGACGUCGCCGCUCUAUGUCUACUCCAGCACCUUCCCUAGCGGCAUCAAGAACAAUGACGACUUGCUGGGCGUCUUGUCGCUCAUCAUCUACACCCUCAUCAUCAUACCGAUGCUCAAGUACGUCUUCAUCGUGCUGUAUGCGAACGACAAUGGAGAUGGUGGCACGUUUGCGCUUUAUUCGCUGAUAUCACGGUACGCGAAGAUAAGACUGAUCCCGAACCAGCAGGCAGAGGACGCCAUGGUAUCAAAUUACAGCAUAGAAGCACCAAGCUCGCAGCUGAGGAGGGCACAGUGGGUGAAGCAGAAGAUUGAGUCUAGCAAGGCUGCCAAGAUUGCACUAUUCACCCUCACAAUCCUUGGCACAGCCAUGGUGAUGGGCGAUGGGACCUUGACACCGGCCAUAUCAGUGCUCUCUGCAGUGAGUGGGAUCAGAGAAAAAGCGCCAAGCUUGACUCAGACGCAAGUAGUCUGGAUCUCUGUGGCAAUUCUGUUCAUGCUCUUCUCAGUCCAACGCUUUGGGACCGACAAGGUCGGGUACACCUUUGCUCCUGUUAUCUCGGUGUGGUUCCUUCUGAUUGCUGGUAUCGGACUGUACAACCUCGUUGUUCACGACAUCGGUGUCUUACGGGCCUUCAAUCCGAUGUACAUAGUACAUUACUUCAAAAGGAACGGGAAGGACGGAUGGGUUUCACUUGGUGGUGUUAUCUUGUGUGUCACAGGCACAGAAGGUAUGUUUGCUGACCUAGGACAUUUCAACGUCAGGGCUGUUCAGAUCAGCUUUACCGGUAUCUUGUUCCCGUCGGUGGCACUAUGUUACAUCGGGCAGGCCGCUUACCUGAGGAAAUUUCCAGAGAACGUUGGAGACACCUUCUAUAGAUCCAUCCCAGCACCAUUGUUCUGGCCAACCUUCAUCGUUGCAAUUUGUGCUGCUAUUAUUGCAAGCCAAGCUAUGCUCUCUGGUGCAUUUGCCAUCCUCUCCAAGGCACUGUCGCUCGGUUGCCUGCCCAGGGUUCGAGUGAUCCACACCUCAAAGAAGUACGAGGGGCAGGUAUACAUUCCUGAAGUGAACUUCAUGAUGGGAUUGGCAAGCAUCAUAGUCACAAUCGCCUUCAGAACGACCACUAGCAUUGGCAAUGCUUAUGGGAUCUGUGUUGUGACCACUUUCAGUGUCACCACCCAUCUGAUGACUCUUGUGAUGCUCCUCAUAUGGAAGAAGCACAUCGUGUUCAUCCUUCUGUUCUACGUCGUGUUUGGUUUCACCGAGUUGAUCUACCUCUCCUCCAUACUGUCAAAGUUCAUCGAGGGCGGAUACCUUCCGUUCUGCUUCGCGGUGGUCCUGAUGACCCUGAUGGCAACAUGGCACUAUGUCCAUGUCAAAAGAUACUGGUACGAGCUCGACCAUGUUGUGCCUACCAAUGAAAUGACAACUCUUCUAGAGAAGAACGACGUGCGGCGGAUCCCUGGAGUGGGACUCCUGUACACGGAGCUCAUCCAGGGUAUACCCCCGGUGUUCCCUCGGCUGAUCAAGAAGAUACCAUCUGUGCACUCCAUCUUCGUGUUCAUGUCCAUCAAGCACCUGCCGAUCCCGCACGUGGUGCCUGCGGAGAGGUUCCUCUUCCGGCAGGUCGGCCCGAGGGAGCAGCGGAUGUUCCGGUGCGUGGCGCGGUAUGGCUACAGCGACAGGCUGGAGGAGUCCAAGGAGUUUGCGGGGUUCCUUGCGGAUAGGCUCAAGAUGUUCAUCCAGGAGGAAAGCGCAUUCGCGCAAUACGAAGCUGAGAACGACGAGAGCAGCCCGAGCACCGAAGUUCCUGAAGCGCAGACAAGGCCGAGGCGGUCCACCGUCGUGCACAGUGAGGAGGCGAUCCAUCCCCGGGUGAGCAGCCACUCGGGGAGGAUCACUUUCCGUGCAAAUCAUUCAGUCGAGGAGGAGAAGCAGUUGAUUGACAGAGAGGUGGAGCGAGGGGUGGUGUAUCUGAUGGGAGAGGCCAAUGUGUCAGCAGGGCCCAAGUCAUCAAUCUUGAAGAAGAUAGUUGUCAACUAUAUCUACACAUUCUUGAGGAAGAACUUGAAUGAAGGGCAUAACGCAUUGUCCAUUCCGAAAGAUCAGCUGCUCAAAGUUGGGAUCACAUAUGAAAUAUAGGAUUUUUAUCAAAGUAUGAGGUGUGCCUAAUUGGAGUGUUAAUUUGAAAGGGCAAAGUGCCACUUGUUUAUUUAAUAAAGAGGCAUGUGUGAGUGGGCUUUUCUUUUGGCUGGAAGGCUUCGUUUCAUUCUCUGUAUAGUGUGGUGUUAUCAGAAUUUAUCAAAUGCAAGGUAAUACCGGAAGUAAAAAGUUUUGAGUGGUGCUGUA